CCAUGAAGCAUCCAUCUGCUGUGACUGCCUGUAACCUUGACUUGGAGAAUCUUGUGACUGACUCCAACCGCAGCAUUGCUACUUUGGCCAUCACAACUCUACUGAAAACUGGCAAUGAGAGUAGCAUUGACCGUCUCAUGAAGCAGAUCUCCUCCUUCAUGUCUGAAAUCUCGGAUGAGUUCAAGGUUGUGGUGGUUCAGGCUAUCAGUGCCCUCUGUCAAAAAUAUCCACGCAAACAUGCAAUCCUCAUGAAUUUCCUCUUCACAAUGCUACGAGAGGAGGGUGGCUUCGAAUACAAACGAGCCAUUGUUGAGUGUAUCAUCGGUAUCAUAGAAGAAAAUGCUGAAAGCAAGGAAACCGGCCUCUCCCACCUGUGCGAGUUCAUUGAGGACUGUGAGUUCACUGUCCUGGCCAACCGAAUUCUCCACUUGCUGGGCCAGGAAGGGCCAAAGACCAACAAUCCUUCAAAAUAUAUUCGUUUCAUUUACAACAGAGUCGUCUUGGAACAUGAAGAGGUCAGGGCAGGUGCAGUGAGUGCUCUGGCUAAAUUUGGGGCUCAGAAUGAGGAAAUGCUACCAAGCAUCCUAGUAUUACUGAAAAGGUGUGUGAUGGAUGAUGACAACGAAGUCAGAGACAGGGCUACCUUCUAUUUAAGUGUAUUGGAGCACAAGCAAAAGGCCCUCAACGCUGGCUACAUUCUGAAUGGAUUGACAGUAUCUAUCCCUGGCCUAGAGAGGGCUCUGCAUCAGUAUACUCUGGACCCCUCUGAAAAACCCUUUGACCUCAAGUCUGUUCCCUUGGCAACUGCCCCCAUCAUUGAACAAAGAGCAGAAAACACUCCCACCUCUACAGUAAAGCAGCUGGAGAAAAUAGCAACAACCCGACAAGAGAUAUUCCAAGAGCAAUUGGCUGCUAUUCCAGAGUUCCAGGGACUUGGGCCACUGUUCAAGUCUUCCCCUGAGCCAGAGGCACUUACAGAAUUGGAAACAGAAUAUGUGAUCCGUUGUACAAAGCAUACGUUCUCCAACCAUAUGGUGUUCCAGUUUGACUGCACAAAUACACUGAAUGAUCAGAUUCUGGAAAAUGUCACAGUGCAGAUGGAGCCAACGGAGGGAUAUGAGGUCAUUGCUUAUAUACCAGCCAAAAGCUUGCUGUACAAUCAGCCUGGUACUUGCUACACCUUGAUUGCUUUGCCUGAAGAGGAUCCCACAGCAGUGGCUUGCACUUUCAGCUGCAUGAUGAAAUUCACUGUGAAAGAUUGUGAUCCAAAUACUGGUGAAGCUGAGGAAGAGGGCUAUGAGGAUGAAUAUGUGCUAGAAGAUCUGGAAGUAACCAUAGCAGAUCACAUCCAAAGAGUUUUGAAACCAAAUUUUGGAGCCGCCUGGGAAGAAGUUGGUGAUGAAUUUGAAAAAGAAGAAACUUUCACAUUGUCUACUGUUAAAACGCUGGAAGAGGCAGUGGGCAAUAUUGUGAAAUUCCUGGGAAUGCAACCAUGUGAGCGGUCAGACAAAGUCCCAGAUAACAAGAACUCUCAUACCUUGUACCUGGCAGGUGUAUUUCGAGGUGGUCAUGACCUCUUGGUUCGUUCUCGCCUUGUCCUCACAGAAAUUGUGACAAUGCAAGUUACAACUCGGAGUAAAGAAGAACUUCCUGUGGAUGUUGUCAUGGCUUCUGUUGGCUAA